AUGGUCCUUCUUAGCAUCCUUAGAUUUCUUCUUCUUUGGGGACUGAUGCUUUUUAUGGAACACAGGGUCCAAAUGGCAAAGGUAGGGCAGCCUUCUGUUGCCCUCCUGGCUGAGGACCCUACCUUGCCCCUGAUUCGGGAGCUGCUAGAAGAAGCCCCUGGCAAACAGCAGAGGAAGCCAUGGCUCCUAGGGCAUCCCCUGCGGUACAUGUUGGAGUUGUACCAGCGUUCGGCUGACCCACGUGGGCACCCUAGGGAGAAUCGCACCAUUGGGGCCACCAUGGUGAGGUUGGUGAGGCCCUUGGCAAACGUAGCAAGACCUCUCAGAGGCCCCUGGCAUAUACAGACCCUGGACUUUCCUCUGAGACUAAACCGGGUAGCAUACCAACUAGUCAGGGCAGCUGUGGUUUACCGCCAUCAACUCCACCUAACUCGCGUCCACCUCUCCUGCCACAUGGAGCCCUGGGUCCAGAAAAGCCCAAUGAAUCACUUUCCCUCUUCAGAAGGAGGUUCCUCGAAGCCUUCCCUGAUGUCUAAAGCUUGGACAGAGAUGGAUAUCACACAACACGUUCAGCAAAGGCUCUGGAAUCACAAGGGGCACAGUGUCCUACGACUCCGUUUCAUGUGUCAGCGGCUAGAAGGUAGUGAAGUUCUUGAGCCCCAGUGGCAUGGCACUUCAUCCUUAGACAUUGCCUUCUUGUUACUAUAUUUAAAUGACACUCAUAAAAGUGUUCAGAAGGCCAGACUUCUUCCCAAAGGCCUGGAGGAGUUGAUGGAAAGAGAAUCUUCCUUCCUCUUGAGGAGGGCCCGGCAAGCAGGCAGUAUCGCAUCUGAGAUUCUUGGUCCCUCCUGGGGACAUGAUGGACCUGAAAAUAACCAGUGUUCCCUCCAUCCUUUCCAAGUCAGUUUCCAACAGCUGGGCUGGGAUCACUGGAUCAUUGCCCCCCAUCUCUAUACCCCUAAUUACUGCAAGGGAACCUGCCCUCGGGUACUACGCUAUGGUCUCAAUUCCCCCAAUCACGCUAUCAUCCAGAACCUUGUCAAUGAGCUGGUGGACCAGAGUGUCCCCCAGCCUUCCUGUGUCCCUUAUAAGUAUGUUCCCAUUAGUCUCCUUCUGAUUGAAACAAAUGGGAAUAUUUUGUACAAGGAGUAUGAGAAUAUGAUUGCCCAGUCCUGUACAUGCAGGUGA